GUUCGUCGUCUAGGACGCUGUUCUCACGAAAACAAAGCAGAGAAGACAAAGAAUUAUAGUUUUCUAGAGGAUAAAGGCGAAGAGUGAGUUACCUUUCGAUUUGAAAAUACUUUUCAGUUAUCGUCUUUAUAAGUUACCAGUUGAGAAAAUGGGACGCAUCUUUCUGGACCACAUCGGCGGGAGUCGCCUCUUCUCCUGUGCCAAUUGUGACACCAUUCUGACCAACCGUGCUGAACUCAUCUCAACGCGCUUCACAGGGGCAACUGGCAGAGCUUUCCUCUUUAAUAAGGUUGUGAAUCUGCAGCACAGCGAAGUGCAGGAUAGAGUCAUGCUGACCGGAAGACAUAUGGUGCGAGACGUCAGCUGCAAGAACUGCAACAGCAAGCUGGGCUGGAUGUACGAGUUUGCCACCGAGGAGAGUCAGCGAUACAAGGAGGGCCGAAUAAUCCUGGAGAGGGCGUUGGUGAGGGAGAGCGAAGGCUUUGAGCACGUUCCAUCUGACACCUCUUGAGUUUCUCUAUCUAUCGGUGUGCUUACAGUCAUGCAGCUUUUACCUCCAGCAGUAGUACACACCCUUGCAUGGACAGUGAUCUUUUUGUGAGUAGAGCUGCACCAGAAUAAAAUCCUGAUCUGGGUGUUUGUGGGAAAAUCAGAGUUAAGGGUGAACUGUGUUGCUGUUUUUGCCCAUUUCAAAUUUCCUACAGAUUCAUUGCAUGCCCAGUAGGCUGCAGUGUUGUUUAGGUUUGGUGGGAGGUCAGCUGUUACUCCCGGAUGAGGAGGAUUUUCUCCUAAAUUACCGUAUGAAGCUCAGACAAAAGUUGGGCUUUAAGUUUAACAACUGAAACAGUUAAGAUUAUUGAUGCAUUUUUGCUCCAGUUACCCUUGUUUAAAGGGAAAGUAACAAUUUCUUUUGAAACACAUAUUUCUAGUUCUUUUUGGUGUGAUUCUUUGCCUAUUUUGUUAUUUAUGCUGUUCAGAGAAACAGUUGUUAGUUUGGGCCUGUAAAAUGUUAUUAUUUUAACUUAUUGCAAUAAAAUGCAUUUCACCAAACAAACAUAACAUGCUUUGCAUCUGUCAGUUUCCUGCAACCAAAAUUUGUUAUUUAAAUGUGGAAUUCAGUGCACAUCUAAUACAAAGCUUGUCUUUCAAAUAUUACAUUAAUUUUUUGAUGCCUACUUCAUUUGUAUUGUUUCAUUUAUUAUUUUUUAGAAUACCGUAAUAAAAUCCUAGUUAUUCCAA